AUGAAUUUGAAAAAAAAACAAUCCUUCUUUUUUUCUUUCACGAUUAUGCUCAUGUAUAUUGAGGAAAUGAAUCUUGGAAUUGGAGGUAUAGUGUCUUAUAAAAUAAAAUAUGUCUUGAGACAAUCUACUAAAACGGUAGUGUGUGAAACAAAACUUGAAGAUUCUACUUGUGUCCAGCUGUCAAACAAAUUAAAAAUCAAAAAAGUGAAGAUUACUGAAACUCGAUACGAAAUUGUACAGGCUUUCAAUGCUUAA